AAUUGGACAUGCAACACAAGCAACUCUCACGUAGCGAAAUAUAUACGCAUGCAGAAGCAGCUGCGUUUCUUCAUACAACAUUAAUUAAUUUUGUAGAAUACAUUUACAAACACAAAUUUUUCUUUGGUUGAUCUGCAAGAGGGUUAAAAAUGGCGGGAUUCCUUGAUAAGGCGAAGGAGUACGUGACGGAGAAGGUGGCGGAGAUGAAGAAGCCAGAGGCGUCCGUGACGGACGUGGAUCUGAAAGAUGUGAGCCGGGAGUGCAUCACUUAUGACGCUAAGGUUUCUGUUAGUAAUCCAUAUAGUACUUCCAUUCCCAUCUGCGAGAUCUCUUACAAACUCAAAAGCGCCGGCAGGGAGAUUGCUUCAGGAACUGUUCCGGACCCAGGAUCACUCAAGGGUAACGACACGACUAUGCUAAACGUAGGAUUGAAGGUGCCACAUAGUGUGCUUCUGAGCUUGGCCAAAGACAUUGGUGCAGAUUGGGAUAUUGACUAUGAAUUGGGAAUUGAUUUUGUGUUUGAUCUCCCGGUUUUUGGAAACAUUACCAUUCCAGUUUCCAGCAAAGGCGAGAUCAAGCUCCCUACUUUCUCCGAUUUAUGGACCAAGUAAACGUGUGCGUUCGCUCAGUGUCUGAUGUUUUUGCUUUGUUUUUCAUUUUGUAUUAUCUCAAGUGAUGAUAUAUAUAUAUUGUUUGAUGAAGGAUGAAUUGAUAACCAGUUCCUCCAUCGUUCAAUGAAUAAAUAUGGUUUAUACUUUAUAGUCUUAUUUU